AUGGCCACUCCAGCAUUCUGGCUGCCUAGGAAGAUGUUUCCCUUCAAGGUGAGCAAAUGGAUGGGGUUUGCUUGUUUCCGGUCACUAGUGGUCUCUUCUCCCAACAUUCGCCGGAAGAAACUAAUCCACAAACUGCAGGAGGAAAAGGCUUUUCGGGAUGAGAUGAAAAUUUUCCGUGAGAAAAUAGAAGACUUCAGGGAAGAGAUGUGGAGUUUCCGAGGCAAGAUCCGUGCUUUCCGAGGCCAGAUCUUGGGCUUUUGGGAAGGGGAGAGACCUUUCUGGGAAGAGGAGAAAACCUUCUGGAAAGAAGAAAAGACUUUCUGGGAAAUGGAAAAAUCUUUCCGGGAAGAAGAGAAAACCUUUUGGAAAAAAUACCGCACCUUCUGGAAGGAAGAUAAGGCUUUCUGGAAAGAGGACAGUGCCCUAUGGGAAAGAGACCGGAACCUUUUCCAGGAGGACAAGGCCCUGUGGGAAGAAGAAAAAGCCCUGUGGGUAGAGGAAAGAGCCCUCCUUGAGGAGGAGAAGGCCCUGUGGGAAGAUAAGAAGUCCCUCUGGGAGGAAGAGAACGCCCUUUGGGAGGAAGAGAAAGCAUUCUGGGUAGAAGGUGGCCGCCAUGUGGAGCUGAUGCUGGAAGAAGGGCUGCGAUCACCAGCCUUCUUCCGAGGCAGGGCGUGAGUACAGGAAAGGAAGGUGCAUGGGGUACAGACGCUGCUGGAUUGAAAUUCAAGUCCAGGGUGACCCCAUGUACUGGAGAAAAUAUGUACUUCUUUGUCUCCUCGCUUUGAAAGAUCUAAUAAAAUCCUGAGGGGAGGUUUGGAAGACCAACUUCUUCAAGGGAGGCCAGUUCCAUUUUUCCCAGGUUUUGUGACUGUCCAAGGUCACAGUCCCAUCCUACAGGCUGUAUUGUUGUCCAUAGAACUUGG